CUGCGGCUGUCCUCUCAGUCUGCCCUGAAGCUGCUUAGUGACUAAGAACUUGGACCAGGACACAGCUGACAUCGCUGCCCAGAUGGCCUCCAGGCUGACCCCACUGACCCUCCUCCUGCUGCUGCUGGCUGGGGAUAGAGCCUUCUCAGAUUCCGAAGCCACCAGCCACAACAACCAGGAUCCACUGGUGGCUCAAGAGAAAAGCAGAGACAACUUCCCUGAAAGAGAUGGUUUCUGGAGUCCCACUGAGCCCAAAGUACAGUCAACAACCAGUGUAUCCACCAAAAUAACAAAUGACACUGCCAUGGAUAAAGUAGCCAAUAAGUCCCUCAUCCAGCACGUCCAGCCAGCUGCUCAGCUACCCAUGGAUUCUCCCAGCCAGCACCCUCUGAACUCUUCCAGUCAGUCCCCUCUGAAUUCUUCCAGCCAGUCCCCUCUGAACUCUUCCAGCCAGUCCCCUCUGAAUUCUUCCAGCCAGUCCCCUCUGAACUCUUCCAGCCAGUCCCCUCUGAACUCUUCCAGCCAGUCCCCUCUGAACUCUUCCAGCAAACCCUUCACAACCUCAGAUCCUCCCACCCAGGCUCCUAUUGAACCCUUCUGCCCAGUGCCACUUGCUCAGUGCUCUGAUUCAGACAGAGACUCCUCAGAGGCUAUGCUCUCGGAGGCAUUGACAGAUUUCUCUGUGAAGCUCUACCACGCCUUCUCAGCUAGCAAGAAUGCUGAGACCAACAUGGCCUUUUCCCCAUUCAGCAUUGCCAGCCUCCUCACACAAGUUCUUCUUGGGGCUGGAGACAGCACCAAGAGCAACUUGGAGAGCAUCCUUUCCUACCCUGAGGAUUUUGCCUGUGUCCACCAGGCUCUAAAGGGCUUUUCAUCCAAAGGUGUCACUUCGGUGUCUCAGAUUUUCCACAGCCCAGAUCUGGCCAUAAGGAGUGCCUAUGUGAAUGCCUCUCAGAGCCUGUAUGGAAGCAGCCCCAGAGUCCUGACCUCAGACAGUGAUACAAACUUAGAACUCAUCAAUACCUGGGUGGCCGAGAACACCAACCACAAGAUCAGUAAACUGCUAGACAGCCUGCCCUCCGACACUCGCCUCGUCCUUCUCAAUGCUGUCUACUUGAGUGCCAAGUGGGAAAAAACAUUUGAGCAAAAGGAAAUGAUGGAGCCUUUCCUCUACAAGAACUCUUUCAUUAAAGUACGCAUGAUGAAUAGCAAAAAGUACCCUGUGGCCCAUUUCAGUGACCAGACUUUGAAGGCCAAGGUGGGACAACUGCAGCUCUCACACAACCUGAGCUUUGUGAUCAUGGUACCUCAGAGCCUGAAGCACCAACUUGAAGAAAUGGAAGAGGCACUCAACCCCACUGUCUUCAAGGCCAUCAUGAAGAAGCUGGAGCUGUCCAGAUAUCAGCCCACUUACCUGACGAUGCCUCGCAUCAAAGUAAAAAGCAGCCAAGACAUGCUGUCAGUCAUGGAGAAACUGGAAUUCUUUGACUUCUCUUCUGAUCUCAACCUGUGUGGGCUGACUGAGGACCCGGAUCUUGAGGUGUCUGCCAUGAAACACGAGACGGUGCUGGAAUUGACAGAGACAGGCGUGGAAGCAGCUGCAGCCUCUGCCAUCUCCGUGGCCCGAAACUUACUUAUCUUUGAGGUGAAGCAACCAUUCCUCUUCCUGCUCUGGGACCAGCAACACAAGUUCCCAGUCUUCAUGGGCCGUGUAUAUGACCCCAGGGCCUGACACAGGCAAGAGUUGGGCUUGAAUAAAUACUGCCCCCCAAGCUUCUGCUCAUCCAGUUAUUUCCUUGCCACUGCCUGCCCUAGCCACUUCCAGCCUUAGGAACUGGCAGACGGAACUGUCUCUAUCCACCAACCCCCAGGGUAUCAACCACUUUUUUUGCAGUUUUAUGGUUUAAGCUUAUCAAACUCCACAAAUAAAGCUUGCAGACAUUUUCUUCUCUCACUA